AUGCUGAUGGUAAACAAUAUUUGUGCUGUUGUCGUUUGCAUUCCUCUCUCUAUUAUUGCAUGUUGGGAGAGCGGGUUAGCCGUGACCGUAUUGCUGGUGCUUUUUAUCGUGUGCAUGUGGAUCACUAGCAACAGAGUCUCAGCCAAUAUGGAGAAAAAGUCGCAGUUAGACAAGACCCCUGAACUUUCCAUCGAAAUAUUCGAGCACGCUAAGACCAUUCAACUAUUGGCAGUCGAGGACUAUUUCCUGAAAAAAUACGAAAGUUACGAGAUUGCCGUCAAAAAGCAGGAGAAAUGGACGACGAUAUAUCAGUCGAUCCAGUUCGCACUCACUCAGUGUUACAUCUACUUUUCCGAUAUGGUUACAUACAGUAUUGGAGCAACCAUGAUUUAUUACGGACGAGUGGACUCGAAGAACACAGUUGUGUCUGCAACGAGUGCGAACUUCGCCGGGUGGGCUGUAAUAUUUGCAUCAGCAGCUUUUGGCGAUUUCGUACGGUCUCAUUUUGCUGCUCAGUCGCUGUAUGGUCUGAUAGAUAGCUAUAAACCUGCGGAGGGUGGUGAAACUCCUGUGAGUUCUUAUUCAUUUUUCCUUGAUGAAUGCCCUUUAAUGUUCAGAUGUAAUGCGAGCUGCAGUCGAGUUUGA